CGCUCGCCCACCCUGCAACCCUAGCCUCACCUGCCUCCGCCGCCCGCCAUGGCCAGCCCUGGAAAUCUUGCCCGCGAGAUGCGCCGCCCUCUACCACGAAACCUCAUCGUCCCCUGCCCAAACGUCGUCCCUGUCCACAUCACCGCCCGCCCGCGAUUACCGUCGGAAAUCUCAUCGACGAGAUGCCCCUCCCCCAGCGCGCGCAACGGCCUCCGCUCGUGAUGGCCGGCGGCGAAGCGGACGACGAAAGAGGAGGAGGAGCAAGAGGCGGAGCGGUUUCCCACAUCGAGCUUGUGACCAUGGUGGAGACGUGGUGGUUCUAUAUAUGCCUCUAUCUACAAGGAUGUCCCCAUGAUGGUUAGCCUGUCUGGUCGGUUUCAUCUGGAGAGAGGCAUUGAAGAGCGCCUAGGCAAAGAGUUUAUGGAUAGAAUAAACAAAGAAGGCUACAUCGAUGUCACAAGCAAAUCAGGUAUGGGAACAUGUCUGACCUAUAUUGAACACUACGCUACACAAAUAAUAUCUUCUGCCUAUAGCUUAUUUACCUUUCAUGUGCAUCUAAUAAAUGCUUAUCUGUUGUGACCUAGGAAAGGUUUUGUAUAGAGUAAAGAGAGCUUGAUGGAAAGACUAAGCAAUGAUAUGCAUGCAACGAGCCUUUUCCAUCAGCAAAGAGUUCAGCUUAUCAGUAUUAGCUUAUUUAGGCAUAACUUUCCCCUCAUGCUAAUUACCAACCAAGCGUCCAAUUUAUAGCAGUACACCAUAUUGAUGCUAAUUAUUACCAGACUUUAUUCCCAGGUUCUUUACAAUUCAUGGUUCAGCUGACUUGAUCAUACGAGUGGAAGAUGCGUACGAGUUUGCAUGGCUUAUACCAAACUACAUGUUGCAUGUCAUCGAGGGAGCAAAUCACUGCUACACUGCUCACUGUAGAGAACAUUCUGAUGACGUAGUAGAAGCCAUCACAUCCAGUGAGGAAUGCUAUGGCUUAAUGCCCUAAUCUUUAUAUUCCUCUUCUUAUAUCUGCACUUCCAUGGACACUAGGUGACACUAAAUUCACAAGAUGUCUUCAUUGAUAUAAGAAACCCUGAUGCACAAAACUUGGAACUCGAUAGAUAUUUGUGCUCUAAUUUUAUUAUUGCAUUUACAUUUUUUGGUUAUAGUAUUAACGUCUAAUAUCAAAGGACUGCUAUUGUGGGGGGCUCUAAUGGCAUUUCUUAUAUUGACAACAUGUCUUCAGUGAUAUCUCAAAGUAGUGCAAAGGGAGAGUUACCAAGUUGAUCAGUUUUUUUCUAGAAAUUUCACUACAGCCGGUUAUAGCUGCCAAUGAACGUGCAUUUAGAUUCAAGAAAUGGAGGUGAUACUUCGAAUGAGGCCCAUAAAAGGAAUUCUAUAGAUGGCAACAAUAAACAAACAAGUGAAUUGGAUGCAUUCAUCUACAAGAGUCUUGAGGGCAUCCAAGAUCAAGAAUUCUGUAAUGUAUUUUAGUUGCCUCCUGAAAAGGCUAUUAUUCUUUUACUACCAUAAUGUAUUGUUUUGUUGUAGGAAAUGGGAAAAUUUCCAACAACUUUUAUCUAUUUGUUGCAUUGUGCCUAUUCGAUUGUUAGCCAAUCAAUCUGUUGAGAAACCCGACAUACGAUCCAGGCUUGCAGUCGACCAUAUAAGUUGUACAUCAUUAGUGGGGGCACAUUCUGUUACUCCAUUUCUCUUGUGCAUCAGGGUUUCUUAUAUGGCUGUUGUUGCUGAUUUCAGUCACCUUCACCUUCUCACAGGCGGUUUCUUAUAUGGCUGUUGUUGCUGAUUUCAGUCACCUUCACCUUCUCACAGGAUGCUGCUCAGCUAGGCAGAUUCACCUUCACCUUCUGUUACUCAAUUUCUGCUUGCCUUCAUUAUUACUCAUACUCUUUUUUGUUUUUUAUUUAAAUACUUAUAAAUAAGCAGUACAUAUGUGAGUAUAAAGCAGGGAUACUCAUAAAUAAGCAGUACAUCGAUAGUUAUGUGGUACAACAUAAAAAUAUAAUUAUGUAGUACUAAGUCAUGAAAAAAUAAUCCCAACUCCAAGGAUGUUACCGAUGAUAUUUUCUUUGUUGCUGCAAUUUAUAUUAUGACAUAUUAUCUUGAAGUAUAAAGCAGGGAUAUUGGUUUCUUCUCUUGAAUACAAAUGGGCUAUAGUUGAUAAAAUUGAUUAACUGAUUUGUGACUAUGAAGCUGACUGAUUUGUGUUUCCUUGUUUUGUUGGCUUCACGGAGUGUCCUUUUGAUCUUAAAGAAGCAAUAUCAAGUAUCUGUUUUGCUGCUCCAAGAUGUGCAGAUCUACUAAAACUGUUACAACUUAAAUGAUCUUUGCAACUAAAUAUGGGAAGGAAUUUGUUGCUGCAGCUUCAGAGUUGAUGCCUGAUUGCAGGGUCAAUCGUCAGGCUGGUCAGUUGCAUCUUGUGAAACCAUAUAUGGUUGCAGUUCAGAGUAACAAUGUCUCUGCCGUGAAUGAAGCCUUGAAUGAACUUUAUGUCGAAGAUGAGGACUACGAGAGACUCCGUGAAUCAGUUGACAUGCAUGACAACUUUGACCAGAUUGGUCUUGCCCAGAAGCUUGAGAAGCAUGAAUUGCUGGAGAUGAGGAGGAUCGCCGCCUACAUUUACAAGAAGGCUGGCAGGUGGAAGCAGUCGAUUGCUCUAUCGAAGAAAGACAACAUGUACAAGGACUGCAUGGAGACAUGCUCACAAUCUGGCGACCGUGAACUGUCAGAGGACUUGCUCGUGUAUUUCAUUAAGCAGGGUAAGAAAGAAUGUUUUGCUUCUUGCCUCUUCAUUUGCUACGACCUGAUCCGGCCGGAUGUCGCUCUUGAGCUUGCAUGGAUGAACAACAUGGUGGACUUUGCCUUCCCGUACCUGUUACAGUUCAUUCGUGAAUACACUAGCAAGGUGGAUGAUUUAGUGAAGGACAAGAUCGAGUCGCAGAAGGAAGAAAGAGCUAAGGAGAAGGAGGAGAAAGACCUUGCGACUCAGCAGAACAUGUAUGCACAGCUGCUUCCUCUCGCUUUGCCAGCGCCGCCAAUGCCUGGCAUGGGUGGCCCUCCACCUCCGAUGGGUGGAAUGGGCAUGCCUCCCAUGGCCGGGAUGGGUAUGCCGCCGAUGGGCCCUGGUCCGAUGCCAGCAUUCGGAAUGGGAGGCUACUGAAUUGUGGUUUUGCAGGGAGCUUAGAUGAUGAUGUGAAUUGUUCCAUUGCAAGCAUAAGUGGAACCUCAUUGGAGCUGUACAUGGUUUACAGUUUGGGAAAUCAAUAUUCUUUAUUGUACCAGGAAAUUUUUUUUGGGUGAGUCAGUGAAAUCAGCCUGACCCAUAGUUUGAGAAGCGGAACCUAUGAUAUGUUUUACAAUGGGAUCGGAAAUAGGAUGAUUAGGUUGUUUCAGCAUGAGCUAUUGAAAGCUGGUACCAUGUGUAUGUAUAGUGGUGUGAUAAAAUCUUUUGCGUGUCGAUAGACAAAUGUAUGUUUCUUUGUUA